AACAUUGCAAUCAUGGAGUUGAAAUGGUAUGAAUUGGUUACGGCUCAAUAUGCAUUGGUGACGGCUCUGGUCGCACUCGUGGCUGCGUGGUUGGUAAAACAUCUGAUGACGUCACCAAAGAAUCUCCCGCCCGGUCCGUCUGGACUACCUCUACUUGGGGUCUUAACGAAAUUUAUCGGCAUAUCCGACCCCCUGCCCCUGCUAUCGGAGUGGGCCGACAGGUAUGGAGAGAUCACGUCCUUCUACUUCGGUCCCCAGUUGGUGGUGAGCCUGAACUCGUAUGGCGCAGUAGCAGAGGCUUUCCGCCAUCCCUAUCUCCAGGGAAGACCAAGGAGUCGGAUGGUUGAAGAAAUAAGUGGAUUCGGUCGUAAUGCGGGUCUUUUGAUUGGUGUUGGGGAUACAUGGAAGGAACAGCGCAAAUUCACAUUCUCCGUCUUCCGGAGCCUCGGCGUUGGCAAGAGGAGCUACGAAGACACAGUCGCAGCGGAGAUGACCCAGCUAGCUAGGGCCAUCGAGGAGAAGGAAGGGUCCCCGUUCGAUCCGAGUGACCUCCUGUCCCGAGCAGUUUCCAACGUCAUAUGUACAAUUGUUUUCGGGACGCAGUAUAAGUACGAUGACGCAGAAUUCAAGGAGCUGCUUCAUAUUCUAAACACCAACAUGAGACUCGCCGGGGGCGGCGGAUGUCUCUUCUUCCUUCCUAUACCGGGUUUGUCCAAGAUUCCCUUUGGAACUUUCAACAUCCUGACGGUGAAUGCGCGACGGUUCUAUGCCUUCAUAAAUGCUCAUAUACAAGCUCACAAAAAGUACGGGAUUCCCGAGAUUCCGCGAGAUUUCAUCGACCAGUAUUUGAUCAAGUUGGAGGAAAUUGAGGGAACCGAAUCUUCGUUCAACGAAAAGAGCCUUAAAUCCGUCAUAUCCGAUCUCUUUUUCGCUGGAACCGAGACGACCUUAACUACCCUCAAAUGGUGCAUCCUUUACAUGAUUGCCUAUCCCGAGGUACAGUCACGUGUCCAGUCUGAGAUCGAUGCCGUGAUCGGAAGAGAUCGAUUGCCCGGAUUGAGCGAUCGGAAGGAUUUGCCGUACACGUGUGCCGUACUUACAGAGGCCCAACGAAAGGCAGCAGUGGUUUCUUUGGGGGUUCCACACAUGGCAGAAGCUGACGUCACAAUAAAAGACUAUACCAUACCGAAGGGUACGAUAGUUUUAUCUAACCUCUGGAAGGUGCUGAACAGCAAUGCAUUCUGGGAAGAAGCUGAUGACUUCAAACCUGAGAGAUUUCUGGAUGAAAAUGGAAAGCUGACGAAGAGAGAAGAUCUCAUAUUUUUCAGUACUGGACGCCGUAUCUGUCUCGGUGAGCAGCUGGCCCGUAUGGAGACCUUUCUAGGCUUUACAAGUCUCCUCCACCGAUUCACCUUCAAGCAGCCAGACAACGCAACACCACCCUCAUUCAAAGGAGUUCUAGGAGGAACAAGGGUUAGCUUACCAUACGUCACAUGCGCUAUCCCAAGGAAAUAACUGAAACAAAAUCA